AUGAAAAUGAUGAUAAUGACGAUGCACAAUAGAUCAACUCGUUCCUUUCUGCUCUUGGCAGUCCUUUGUUUCACCACCACCAUCACCACCACGGCCUUUGCAACACAAUUCAGCAGUAGCAACAACCGACAGGUGAGGAACAACAACAACAUCCAAUUCCAAACGAACAAGGUCCUUCGUCGCUUCCAACAGAACAGCAACAAUAACAAAUAUACCAACAAACUGCAUGCUUCCUCCUCAGCUGCUGCUGCUGCCACUCCGGACGAGCCAUCUGCUGGAGCAAGUGGUACUGGUGGUACCGCCACCAUUCCCAAUGAAAUAUUCAAUUUGGUCAAGAGCAUUAUUGGUGCCGGUGUCUUUUCCUUGCCCGCUGGAAUUGCCGCCUUUGGGAACUCGCCAACCGCCUUGCUUCCAGCUUGUUUGUUUGUGACGCUCAUGGGCGCCAUUUCGGCCUAUACCUUUUCACUCGUGGCCCAAGUUUGUCAGAAAACAGGAGCAUCGAGUUACGCCGAAGCUUGGGAUCUUACAAGAGGCCGUCAAACGAGCUGGAUCAUCGCGGCCUCUUCGGCUUUGGAUUGCAUGGCGGGAAAUUUGGCCUAUUCCAUGAUUUUGGCCGACACGUUACAAGCUUUGAUGGGCACUCUUGGCAUUGCAGUCAGUCGAAAUAUGGUCAUGGGAGUAUUGACGUCGACCAUUCUCUUGCCAUUAUGUUUGAUCAAGAAUCUGUCGUCGUUGGCACCCUUUUCGAUUGUGGGAUUACUAGGUUCGGCCUAUACGGGAUUGGCCAUUGCCAUUCGAUAUUUUGGCGGAAGUUAUGCCAAAGGAGGCAAGUUUGUUGGUGAUUUGGCAGUGAAACCAGCUUUUGGAGCGAUUGGGGCCAAGGGAGCGCUGUCGGCCAAGGCACUCAUUUUGAUCAGCAUGCUGUCAACCUCCUACAUCGCUCAUUUCAACGCACCCAAGUUCUUUAAAGAGCUGAAGAACAAUACCCUGGAGAGAUUCAACAUUGUCACGUCAGCCUCCUUUGGAAUUUCCAUCGCCUUUUAUUGCAUUGUCUCCAGUUUGGCGUUCUUGACGUUUGGUUCGAGUUGUGCGUCCAUGGUCUUGAACAGUUACUCGAGCAAGGAUCUGUUGCUUUUGGCCGGUCGAUUUGCCGUGGUAGUCUCCUUGAUCUUUUCGUAUCCACUCUUGUUUCAAGGCAGUCGGGAUGGUCUUUUGGACUUGGUACGGGUACCCGAAGAAAAACGAACCAACGGACUCUUGAACAAGUUGACCUUGGGUUUGGUGGCAGCCAUUACCUAUGUUGCCUCGCAAGUCACAGACUUGACCUUUGUGGUUAGCAUCUCGGGUGCAUUGUUGGGAACGUCGUUGAUUUUCAUCUUUCCCACCCUAAUGUUCCGAGGUGCCAUGCGAGGAGAUCCCACCAAGAAAUGGGAGAAUCGACUAUGCUCAUUGAUUGCGUCACUGGGUGGUGCCAUUGCAAUGAUUGGUACCAGAAUGUCGCUACAGGCAUUGUGA